CUUUUCUGAGCGCGCUCCAUGUGUUAUCUCAUGUUGAUCCAGAAUUAAUGUUUGGUCAUCUCCUAUAGAAUGUCUGUAGUCUCUAAUAUUCUCCUGUACCAUGUCUGCAGUCUCUGACCGUCUCCUGUACUACGUUUGCAGUCUCUGACCGUCUCCUGUAGUAUGUCUGCAGUCUCUGGCCAUCUCCUGUACUAUGUCUGCAGUCUCUGGCCAUCUCCUGUACUAUGCCUGCAGUCUCUGGCCAUCUCCUGUACUAUGUCUGCAGUCUCUGGCCAUCUCCUGUAGUAUGUCUGCAGUCUCUGGCCAUCUCCUGUACUAUGUCUGCAGUCUCUGGCUGUAUCUCCUGUACUAUGUUUGCAGUCUCUGGUCAUCUCCUGUACUAUGUCUGCAGUCUCUGGCUGUAUCCUGUACUAUGUUUGCAGUCUCUGACCGUCUCCUGUACUAUGUCUGCAGUCUCUGGUCAUCUCCU